UUUCGAAACACACAAAGAGAGACGCCGCACUCACUGUCUCUGCACACCAGGUCCCUCCCUCCACUCCAGCCGAGAAAUCGCCGCCGCAGCCGCCGCCCACCGGAGCCGGAGAUGAAGAAGAUCUUCGGCGCCAAGAAGAGCAAGGACGCCAUCCAGGACGCCACCAGCCAAAUAAACAAGCGGGGGGAGAGCGUGGACGAGAAGAUCAAGGCGAUGGACGAGGAGCUGGAGCGGUACAAGGAGCAGAUCCGCAAGGCCCGCCCGGGCCCCUCGCAGGAGGCCAUCAAGGCCCGCGCCCUCAGGCUCCUCAAGCACAGGCGCUUGUACGAGGAGCAGCGCAACAUGCUCAAGGACGCGAAGCAGGCCAUGAGCGCGAUGAAGGCCGCCAACAAGGAGAUGAGCUCAAGGGGGUGAUGAAGAACACCGUCAAGAUCGAGGGCAUCAUUCUAGGAGGAUGAGCUCGGACUGCCACCGACACCUCGAGCAUCGCUCCCUAGUUAGAACCUGCAAGUAAUUUUUAUGUGCCGUUGUUCUCAACUGUUACUGUGAUGUGAGGAGUCUUUGUGUUUGUGACUUGAGCGAUCCGUGUGAGAUGUUUAUAUCGGUGGCACCUUCUUACGGUUAA